CGCGUCAAAGCAACUUAAUCACCAGAGGCUCAGACUAGUAACAAAAGCACAUUCUUUCUGGGUUAUUUUGAGCCUCGAAUCAUGUCCACAGCCUUGGAUAAUGAGUUGGAAAGCUUGAGGAAGCGAGCUGAGCACCUAAGGGCUGAGGUCAAGCUGCGUGCAUCAACGCUACUCCUGAAUCCCGUAGCUGCAACCCACAUUUUGGACGAGCAACCAACGCAGGCAGCACCAGCACCAGCGCUACUGUUGCCGACGCCGCCCUCCAAGUCCAGGAGUAAAUCAUCGUCCAAUGCGCCACUUGGUCCCAAGCAACGCGACCUGUUGAAAGAACGUCGCGCCAAGCAAGCCACCCAUGACCAGCGCAACACGUACCGCACCUGCGCUGGCAUCACCACGUUCAAGGUCCGUGACCCGGAUCCGGCGGCAGUCGACGGCGGCGCCGUGCUCGGUGUGCGCAUUGAGGUCAUGCGCAGCGCCCGGUUCAUGCGCCCCUUUUACGUCCUGCUCAACCGGCCGUGGGAAAAGGAUGCCGCGGCCAAGAGGUACCUACGCGUCCACCGCCACACCCUGCCUGCUGCCAUACCGCUGGCCGGGCUCGCUGCUCGUUACCUACCGGUCCCGCGGUCCGCUUCUUCCGGCAAGCAGCCAAGGCAGGACCUGGGGGCUUUCGUCCGCAGGCUGAGGAGGGAGCUUGUGCGCUAUCACCAACGUCUCGGCGCUGUUUCUGACCUCCGCGCUAUUGUUGGUUUAGAUGACAAGUCUAAGGCUCAUGUCACCACCCCAGCAGACGAGCGGCCAGAGGCCGUCGUCAUGAAGUCGAUAGAAGACGACCGCGAGUCCCGCGCAAGGCAACGGCGGGCAGUGGCUGGGAUCGUUGACAUUGAGCCGGUUGACACGGCAGCGACGCAGUUCAGGUUCGAUUGGCGCGACGGUCGCGUCGGACGGCUCGUCAUCGGCCCGGGUGGCGAGGUAUUGCAGUCGGUUGUGGUUCUGCCAGACGGAGGCCGCGAUCGCGUCACGCAGCAAGACGUCUUUGGCGAUUGUGCAAGGAUCGAGGAUGUCGUUGCAAAGCUUCGCGGGCCACUUGGUGGCACCUAGACGCUUGCAUCCAGCUUAGUGUUUGGGUCGCUAAGAGGACAGCCAAGGAAUGGGGUCCAAAGACCGUGCUGGUUGGUAGCGCUUUGCAUUUAGUCAUCGUCCAUGGCUGAAUUUCAAACGCUUGCUGCUGUAAUGCGCUCCAGCCGGCAGUGACUGGUUAGAAUGCUAUCCAGUGUGGGCAGGGCACGAUAUUAAGCUUCCGUCUGGUCACGGCUACAACACCGCUUCCAAACGUAUGUGUACCAACAACGAGGUGAAGUAUGGACCUCAAUCCGGCCGAGGAUUGUUCUAUCAUUCGUCUUGUGUCUUUCUCGACCUAGUCCAGGUGUACAACACAAUGACUACUAGCGCGAGGCGAAAUCCGAGUGUACAAUAUUUCACCCGACUGGUAAAAUAAUUUAUGGCCGAGUUACAAGCGAGCGCACGACCAGCAAAGAAAAAUAGCGUCCUUGUGACAAGCGGCGAAUAUGCUCAAGCCUGAUUGUUGUUUUCUUUGCAGGCAUGUUUGGCGCACAAGGCAAAGCUUAUUCGACACGGCUGUUACCAUUCAACACCACAAGACGAAACUGAAGAGUUCAAAAAAAAAACUGCUAUUUUUCAGUAACCCAGGGAUCUGGAUGAGCCUUGAGCGCGGUUUCCCGGCAUCGGCCCAGCCCUGCCGGCGAACGCAUGGUCUGUGUAUGGGUGGGUGCUUGCGUUCGGCCCCUCUAUGGUAUCUUGGGUUCAACCGGCAGAUGCGGUUCCCUACCAUCAAAAACACUCCACCACGGUCUGGGUGGAACUGCGUGUUCUGUGUGCGGGUGAAACCCCAGAAAAACGUCAGCUCACGGCCGCGCCGAGUCCUUUGUUGUUGUCCUCCCUCGAGAUGACUCAGGUUUGUGUUCUCCGGGGGACACGGAUAUUCGAGGAUUUUGGGAUGCAACAAUGGGUAACCCGGAAAGAAAAACAAAAUGUGAGACUUCUGAAGGGGGUGAGGGGGUGAGACAGAGAUACAUCUGGGUAGCACAUGAAAGAGGA